AUGUCUCACCAUUUUCUGCGUAAUUUAUUGGUGAAUUCAAGAAAAUGCUCCAGUAGAUCGCUUUUCAAAUGGAAUUCAUGUAAUGAGAGGUUAUUGUGCACUGUUGCAGAAGCAGAUGUUAUUUUUGACCGUGAAACAAAGAAAAUGCAGCGUAAUAGAGCUUCUCGAUUGCCGGACUACGAUGUUUAUCAGUAUGUUAAAAAUGAAAUAGCUUAUCGUGUUGCGGAUAAAGUGUUCGAUCUAACUAAAUUCAAUGAUGUAUGUAUUGACAUUGGAUGUGGUAGUGGCCAUCUUGCAGUGAAUUUGAUUAAGGAAAAUGUUGGUAUUAUCAUUCAAUGUGACAUGAGUGAAGGCUUGGUAAGGCGGAGUAACACUGCAGCUGAUCCAGAAAUACCCGUUUUAAAUGUUAUUGCUGAUGAAUCGAUGGCGCCAUUCCGUAAUGAAUCAGCGGAUUUGAUAGUUACGAGUCUAAGUGCUCACUGGGUUAAUGAUCUUCCAAAAUGGUUUUCACGAUGUUUAUCAAUAUUGCGUCCAGAUUGUCCAUUGAUUGGUGCUAUGCUAGCAAAUGAAACAUUGCAUGAACUUCGAAUAGCUUUACAAUUAGCCGAAAUGGAAAGAUUAGGUGGUAUUGGCUUACACAUUUCACCAUUUGUUCGUCCUGAUGAUGUCGGAUCACUGAUGAGUCGUGUUGGUUUUGGCAUGAUCACAUUGGAUACCGACGAAAUUGUGGUUGGUUAUCCAAAUAUCUUUUCUGUGCUCUAUGAUUUACAAGGAAUGGGGGAGUCAAAUGCUUUACGAAAUCGAGCGACGCAUAUAAGGAGAGACAUAUUAAUAGCUGCUGAUGCCAUUUAUAAAUCAAUGUUUGCGCGAAAUGAUGUUUGUUGUCCCGCAAGUUUUCAAAUUGUGUCAUUUAUUGGUUGGCGCCCUGGUCCUUUAAUGCCAAAACCGGCAAAACGUGGAUCACAGCAAGUAUCAUUCAAAGAUAUUGACAAAAUAAUCGAAAGUAAACUACCUUUACAGAAUACUUGUGUUUCCCUGUGA